ACACAUAAAGUGCUCAAUCGAUUAUUUAAAUUGGUCUUCUCUUGCCUGUUUUGUCUUUAGUUUGGUCAUAAAGGAGUAAUUACGUGUGUUAAAAUCAAAUUAGUUUGUGCAGUGCUAACAUUUAAAGCGCCAAAUACAAUUAUGGCUCAAGAGACUGUGAAAAAUAUAUGCUGCGCAAUUAAAUUAAUGUAAAUAUUAUUCGCAAUAUGCUUUGAUGUAUGUUGCAGAAGCCUGACAAUUCCGUUUAGGACACCAAAUGAAGCAAUAAUUGCUUAUGAGAUUAUAAAGGUUGAUAAGGAUCUGAAGGGGAAUAAAGUUAAGAGAUAUGUGACGUUAAACAAUACGGAGCUCGCAAUAAACUUUGAGGGAACCGAUACAAAGAAGUUACGUGUUGCUGUCAAUUCUACGUUUAAAAACUUUUUACUGAUCAUCAAGACUUUGAGCGAAUUUGGAUUCGGUUAAAAUCUGCACAGCAAUGGCAGAACACACACCAGCACCGACCCCCGCAAGAUCUUUGUAUGGCUUCUUUUUAUAUUUAUUUAGUAAGACUGCUUUGACUAUUUACUGUAUUUGGGCUUUUGUACCGGACUAUUAUUUACACUAUUUCAACAUCUAUUAUUACCCAGACAAAUACUGGUCUACCGCCAUACCUAUACAGUGUUUGGUUGCUUUGACAUUGUUUGCAUUUUUAAUAUAUCCAAGUUCUAAUUUCAUGCUCACUCAUAACAUAGACAGUUAUAAUACAAUCGCUGAUCCAGUAAAGCCUGACAGCAGAAAAAGUUGCAAAGAACAAACUAAACAACCGCAGUCUACAAAUGAUCAAUGUAUUUGUGCUGACCAACAUAAUUGUGUAAAGCUAAGCUUCUCAAAUGUGAAAGAGAGUACUGUACCACCAUUACAAGAUUUAGAUUUUCGCUUUGUGUGUAAAAAGUUGUACUUGAAUAACCAUACAUAAUCUAUUAAAUUGGAUUUAACCAAAGCAAAAAGUCUAACUUCCAUGCUUAUGAUUAGUAGUAAGUAGAAUUUAGUAGAGUAGGACAAAACAUAUUGAUAAUUAUUAACAUGCUAGCUUGUAGGAAGCCAAAGAAUUGUAGUGUAUUCCAAAUUUAGCAUUUAUUAGUU